CUCCGCUCUCUCCGCCAAUCUCCGCCGCUCCUCCUCCAUGGACACCAACAUCGGAGCCCUCAACUCCUGCAAGCCCGCCUCGAGCGACCUCGGCUCUCCCCCCAACGGCGCCGCCUCGGCCAUCCAGAGCUCGGCCCCCCCGCACGCGGCGCUCGCCUUCCCCGACGCCACCAUGGGCCGCCACCUCGCCCGCCGGCUCGUCCAAAUCGGCGUCACCGACGUCUUCUCCGUCCCCGGCGACUUCAACCUCACGCUCCUCGACCACCUCAUCGCCGAGCCGGGGCUCAACCUCGUCGGCUGCUGCAACGAGCUCAACGCCGGGUACGCCGCCGACGGCUACGCCCGCUCGCGGGGCGUCGGGGCAUGCGUCGUCACGUUCACCGUCGGCGGGCUUAGCGUGCUCAACGCCAUUGCCGGCGCUUACAGCGAGAACCUGCCGGUGAUCUGCAUCGUCGGCGGGCCCAACUCCAACGACUACGGGACGAACAGGAUACUUCACCAUACCAUUGGGUUGCCUGAUUUCAGCCAAGAGCUUAGGUGUUUUCAGACAGUUACUUGUUUCCAGGCUGUGGUGAAUAAUUUGGAAGAUGCACAUGAACUGAUCGAUACCGCGAUCUCGACUGCUCUGAAAGAAAGCAAGCCCGUUUACAUAAGCAUAAGCUGUAACUUGCCUGCCAUACCUCAUCCUACAUUCAGUCACGAGCCGGUUCCAUUUUCACUCUCUCCCAAAUUGAGUAAUCAGAUGGGACUGGAAGCUGCAGUAGAGGCAGCUGCAGAGUUCUUGAACAAGGCAGUCAAGCCGGUAAUGGUGGGUGGCCCGAAACUCCGGCCUGCAAAGGCUUGUGAGGCAUUCAUAGAACUAGCUGAUGCCUGUGGCUAUACUGUAGCUGUGAUGCCAUCGGCUAAAGGGCUCGUGCCUGAGCACCAUCCCCACUUUAUUGGGACUUACUGGGGUGCGGUGAGCACUGCAUUCUGCGCCGAGAUUGUGGAAUCCGCGGAUGCCUACUUGUUUGCUGGGCCCAUUUUCAAUGACUACAGCUCCGUUGGGUAUUCCCUUCUUCUGAAGAAGGAGAAGGCCAUUAUCCUGCAGCCUGAUAGGGUUGUGAUCGGAAAUGGACCCUCUUUUGGUUGUGUUAUGAUGAAGGAUUUUCUUAAAGCACUCUCGAAGCGGCUUAAGCGGAAUACCACUGCUUAUGAGAAUUAUCAUAGGAUUUAUGUUCCUGAGGGACAUCCAUUGAAGUGUGAACCCAAGGAGCCCCUGAGGGUGAAUGUCCUGUUCAAACACAUACAGGACAUGCUUUCUAGUGAAUCAGCUGUGAUUGCUGAGACUGGAGACUCUUGGUUCAACUGCCAGAAGCUGAAAUUACCAAGAAACUGCGGGUAUGAAUUCCAAAUGCAGUAUGGAUCUAUUGGAUGGUCCGUUGGUGCGACUCUUGGGUAUGCGCAGGCGGUGCCAGAGAAGAGGGUCAUUGCAUGCAUUGGAGAUGGUAGUUUCCAGGUAACUGCCCAAGAUGUGUCAACUAUGCUGCGAUGUGGGCAGAAUACCAUCAUCUUCCUGAUAAACAACGGCGGCUACACCAUCGAAGUUGAGAUCCACGAUGGUCCCUACAAUGUGAUCAAGAACUGGAACUACACUGGCCUGGUGGAAGCAAUUCACAACGGCGAGGGAAAGUGCUGGACUACGAAAGUUUUCUAUGAGAAGGAGCUUAUCGAAGCGAUUCAGACGGCCACAGGGCCCAAGAAGGAUUGCUUGUGCUUCAUAGAGGUGAUAGUUCACAAGGACGACACCAGCAAAGAGCUUCUGGAAUGGGGUUCCCGGGUCUCGGCCGCCAACGGUCGUCCUCCCAAUCCUCAGUAGAAGAGCCUUGAUUCUCAUCAGUAUGUUGCUUCAAGUUGCUUCUUGUUGUGUGCAUAAAAACAGAGCAUCGUCUUCUCGAGCAACGCUGGUUCCGGCAAUGAUUACUUAGCUUUGAUUGUGCAAUUGGGGAAAAAAAACAAAACAUGUUGUGUCC